AUGGCUUGGUCUCCAGCUUUCCUCGGUGUCAUCGUCUUGCUGUCCACCUUCCCACGGCCAAGUGUGGAGGGCCGCCCCAUGCCCAAGCUAGCCGACCGAAAGCUGUGCGCGGAUGAAGAAUGCAGCUACCCCAUCUCCAUGGCGGUGGCCCUUCAGGACUACGUGGCCCCCGAUUGCCGUUUCCUGACCAUACACAGGGGCCAAGUUGUGUAUGUGUUUUCCAAGCUGAAGGGCCGUGGGCGGCUCUUCUGGGGAGGCAGUGUCCAGGGAGAUUACUAUGGAGACCUGGCUGCCCGCCUAGGCUAUUUCCCCAGUAGCAUUGUCCGUGAGGACCAGACCCUGAAACCUGGCAAAAUCGAUGUGAAGACAGAUAAGUGGGAUUUCUACUGCCAGUGAACCCAGCCUACCGCUGUCUGCUGUCUUCCUUCCCCUGCUUUAUGCAAAUACAUCAAAGUGCAAAUUGUUGAUGUCUGUGGU